AUGAAGUCCUUGAACUGGUCCUUGACCCUCAUGCUAGGGCUCAGCAGCUCUCUGACAGUGGCCGCAACCCUACGGACUCGCGCAUGCACGUUCACCUGGGCGGCUGUGGAGGGCGAGACAUGCGAGUCCAUGUCGUCGGACUGGGGCAUACCCUUGUCUCAAUUCCUCACACUGAACCCUUCCGUUGGACCCAACUGCGAGAACGGACUCACUCCUGGCGUGGAAUACUGCGUUGAGGGAGAGGUCGUCUCCGGCGAUACGUGUGAAGUUAUCGCCAGCAAGCAUAACAACGCCUUCAGCCUUACGGAAUUCUAUGCUUGGAACCCAGCGGUUGGCAACGCUUGCACCGGUCUCUGGCUUGGAUACUUCGUUUGUGUCGGAAUCCCCGGCACCCCAACGGCUGCACCAACAGCGAGCCCUUCCGCCACAGGCGGACCAAGUCCCCCGUCACCAACGCAGCCGGGACUGAUCUCAUCUUGCCAACGGUUCCACUUAGUAGAGUCUGGAAACACCUGCGAUGCGAUCACGACUCAAUAUGGCAUCAGCUUGUCGGAUUUCUAUGAAUGGAAUCCUGCUGUUGGUUCCGCCUGUUCGGGACUUUGGCUCGGCUACUACGUCUGCAUCGCUGUGCCCGGCACGUCGACAAGGCCUCCGUCCGUGACUCCAACAGCCACUAGCGGACCUAGUCCUCCGUCGCCUACCCAGGCCGGACUUAUUGAGUCUUGCAACAAAUUUCAUUUGGUUGAGUCAGGCAACACGUGUGAAAUCGUCGCAAACCAGUAUGGUAUCAGCUUGGCAAACUUCUACCGAUGGAACCCUGCUGUUGGCUCCGCCUGCACCGGACUCUGGCUCGGAUACUAUGUUUGCGUAGGCGUGCCAGGCAUGUCACCCCAACCAACACCAACUACCAGCACGAGCGCACCGCCGACAGGACCGACGCCCACACAGGCUGGAAUCGUGACGAACUGCAACCGAUGGUACCAAGCCGUCUCGGGAGACUUUUGCCAGAAGAUCGUCGACACUCAUAACGGCGCUUUCACUCUCGGUCAAUUGUAA